UUGUAAUCUCUUUGAUUCCAAUCACAAUCCUUUUUUUAUUUCCAGCACACAAAAGACUUUACUUGUCAGUUCUCUCCCGAAAACUUUACAGACUAGGAAGAAAAUAGGGAACCGAAUAAGAAAAAAGGAACCCGUAUCCAGACCCCAGAGUAAUCAUUAAUCUUGCCGUGCAGACCAGUUAAGGAAUUUCUUCGAAAAUGCAUUCUUGUGUGCCUUUUUUUAAAAACACUAUAGAAAACUCCGGUAAAUCAGAUAGAAUCCGUUUUCUUGAUUUUCCGAGCAAAGGCUUUUUGAGAUCUGCAUGGCUCCUUGCACUGGGCAUGGAAGCCAGAGUUCAGACCCACGCAGUGGUCUGCUCCCGACACUUCCUGCGCGAGGAUUUAUUGUCCAAAGCGCGUGGCGGAAGGCUCCUUUGCGCCGGCGCCGUUCCUACUACAAUUCAUGUUUGCUUAAUAUGCCUCGACACUGACAGGAAAAUGUUUUCAAUGAGUAAAUACAACUUAGAAGAUGCAUAUGAACACCUAACUAGACAUCCUGUAAGUUAAUCCCACCAACCCCCAUUGGAGCAGUGUGGUGGGUCUAUGCUCUAAAACUUUAUUUCCUAUGAGAGAGGAGGGCGCAUGUGUGUGCUGUAAGUUGGUCAUUUAAAACUUAAUUUAGUUUCAAUGCCUAAAUAGUUUUCUGUUAGUAGAAAGCCAAUUAGGCUAAUCCCAUUAGUGGACUGAUAAUAGCAGUUAAAUAAGGAUCUGUGUCAGGAUUCUUAUUAUAGUUCGGUCAACUAAGAGGUUUAAAAAAAACAGUUUUUCGCUAUUAAAUCGGUUUCUACAGCUCCAAUCAUAAAGAUCUCCUUAAGCAGAUCUAGAACGGGUUUUUCUAUUUCAGUUUUAUUUUCAUUGUUUUGCACUUUAGGUAAUCUGCUUAAAACCUCGCCUUCAUUAAUCGGGUAUAUUCCUGUUUUCCGGAAUCCUGCUAUUAUAUUAGCUUUACUUUUGUUACUAAGCACUUCCAUUAAUUUAUUUAAGUCUCGGGAAACAUCCCUUAUGAAUCGUUGCUUGUGCUUUUCCGUCGGUUUUUUUCCACUCUAAUACUACGUUUCGCCAUGUUAUCUUCAUAGGCCUGAAGAAUGCCAUAUCAAGAGGUGUUAGAUGUGCACUAUUUGCCGGUAAAAAUAUGAACGAUAUAUUUUGCUCGUAGCACAGUUUUAUUUUCUCGAUAAAUGCGACGAGAGAUCAUCAUCUAUU